UCCAAUAUAGGUCAAGUCUUUCGGGAACAUAUAAAAUGGAAUGGUUGGUAUUUAUAUGAUACAUAACAAAUUUUGCAAAUGGACCUACAUCAAGUCAAAAUGUGGUCAAGUUGAUAGGAUUUGCAUUGGACCUUGCCUAAGUUAAGACACCAAAUUCCUAACAGAAGAAAAUAAAUUUUGCAAACAUGGAUACUUUUGAAGAAUCAAAGAACGAUAUGAAAACGUGGGGAUUCUUUUCGCAAUCUUCUAUAUCCAUUUUUCUGCAUGGGUUUUCUGCUUCCUCACACCUAAUUUUAUUAUUUGUUUUAUCAAUUUCUUGGGCUUGCAAGAGACACAAGAUGCCUAGUCUUGAAAAGUCAAAACCAAUGUUGAAGAAUACAUAUGUUUCAUUCUACUGGUCGGCACUUAUAUCUUGCAUGGGUUUGUCUUUCAAUGAUCUUCUCCUAUGUGUGUUAAACUACCUCUCAGGCUAUAAACAUGGUUGGUCUGAUGUAAAGAUUGUUGCCGAAUUAGAUUUUGCAUUUAGAACACUCACUUGGUUUGUGAUAUCUGCUUACUUGCACAUUUUGUUUUCUCAUUCAAGUGAGCAUAGAUUUCCCAUUCUACUAAAGAUUUGGUGGGCCUUUUACUUCAUAAUGUCAUGUUCCUAUCUUGUUAUACAUCUUGGUUUGUAUUGGAAGCAUUCGUCCUUACCGUGCCUAGUAUGGGUCUCCGAUGUCAUAUCCAUUAUUAUUGGUUUGUUCUUUUCCUAUGUGGGGUUGUUUGACAAGAAGCAAGAAGAUGGAGAUUCUAAACUUUUGGAGCCUCUUUUGAAAAUUAGUGCCAAUGAAAACAAUUGUGAAAGUGUUACUCGAGAAAGUACUAUAACUCCUUAUGCAAAUGCCAAUAUUUUUAGCAAUUUUACUUUCUCUUGGAUGGGCCCUUUACUUGAACUUGGGUAUAAAAAAACAUUGGACCUUGAUGAUCUUCCUCAGCUUGCCGAUUGUGACAGUGCCAAUGUGGUCUUUACUCGUUUUAGAAAUAAACUUGAAUAUGAUGACAAUGGCAGUGGUAAUGGUGAUCAGGUAAGCACACUCAAACUAGUGAAGACCUUGAUUCUCUCAAUCUGGAAAGAAAUUCUAUGGACGGCUCUAUUAUCCAUUAUAUGCACAUUAGCUUCUUAUGUCGGACCAUACCUUAUUGAUGACUUUGUUCAAUAUCUCAAUAGCCCUUGCCAACUAAAGUAUAAAGGCCAUGCAUUGGUGUUUAGUUUCUUACUUUCAAAGCUCAUAAGAUGCCUCUCAGAAAGACAUUUGUUCUUUCAAUUGCGAAAUAUGGCAAUUAGGGUCCGUGCUGCCUUAUUCUCAAUAAUUUAUAAAAAGGGUUUCAGGCUUUCAAGCCAAUCAAAGCAGGACCAUACUAAUGGGGAGAACAUUAAUUUGAUUAGUGUUGAUGUUGAAAGGAUUAGCUUUUUCAAUUGGUACUUACACGAUAUAUGGAGGAUUCCUAUUCAGAUUAUUCUAGCAUUGUUAGUCUUGUACACACGCCUUGGAGUUGCUUCACUUGUAGCUUUUGUUACCACAAUGAUUUUUAUGUUAGCAAAUUUUCCAUUGGGAAAGUUACAAGAAAAAUUUCAGGGGGAAUUACUGGAUUCAAAGGAUCAAAGAAUGAAGGUAACAUCUGAAGCACUAAGAAAUAUGAGGAUUCUCAAGCUCCAGGCCUGGGAGAUGAAGUUCUUGGCGAAGAUAACUAAGCUUAGGAAGUUUGAAACAAAAUGGUUAAAAAAGUUAAUCUAUACAUCAGCUAUGACUGCCUUUGUCUACUCGUCUGCUCCCGUGUUUGUAUCCAUGGUAACUUUUGGAUUUUGUAUUUUUAUGGGAAUUCCUCUAGAUUCAGGGAAGAUUCUAUCUGCACUUGCAACAUUUGAGAUAUUGCAAGUGCCCAUAUAUAAUCUUCCAGACACAAUCUCUAUGGUAGUUCAAACUAAAGUUUCCCUCCACAGAAUAACCUUAUUCCUCUGUCUCGAUAAUCUUCAUCCAAAUAUAGUACAGAAACUUCCAAGAGAUGGUACCAAGAUUGCAGUUGAGAUAGUCAAAGGGAAUUUCUCUUGGAACCUUCAUUCCCCUAAUCUCACAUUAAAAGAUCUUAAUUUUCAAGUGUCUCAUGGCAUGAGGGUGGCAGUCUGUGGUUUUGUUGGAUCGGGAAAGUCAAGCCUACUUUCAUGCAUAUUGGGGGAAGUACCCAAGAUAUCUGGAGCUAUUCGGUUGCAUGGGACGAAGGCUUAUGUUGCACAAUCACCUUGGAUACAGAGUGGCAAGAUAGUGGACAAUAUAUUGUUUGGUAAGGAGAUGGAUAAAGAUAGGUACGAGAUGAUCCUUGAAGCAUGUUCAUUAAAUAUGGACUUAGGAUUAUUUGCCUUUGGAGACCAGACUAUCAUAGGAGAGAGGGGGAUCAACCUGAGCGGUGGACAGAAGCAACGAAUCCAAAUUGCACGUGCCAUGUACCAUGAUGCUGAUAUUUAUUUGCUUGACGAUCCUUUUAGUGCAGUGGAUGCUCAAACAGGAAUUCAUCUAUUUAAGGAGUGUUUGCUGGGAAUUUUGGGUUCGAAAACAAUAAUUUAUGUUACCCACCAAGUAGAGUUUUUAAGUUUUGCUGAUCUUAUACUGGUUAUGAGAGAUGGAAAGAUUACUCAAUCAGGAAAAUAUGAAGAAAUUCUUAGCUUAGGAACUGACUUUAUGGAACUAGUGGGUGCACAUAAGAAAGCUAUGGCAGACUUUAAUUCUAUUGACCGUGGAGCUACAUUAGAUAAUUUAAUUGAUGGUGAGAAAGAUGAUAGUAUGCUAUGCAGAAAUAAAUCUUUACAAAAUGAUGAGGAGAGGGAACCUGAAAAAAAAUUGGUUGGGCCAGAAGGGCAACUUGUCCAAGAAGAAAAGAGAGAAAUUGGUGAAGUUAGUCUUUCAAUCUAUUGGAAGUAUAUUACCGCUGCAUAUAAAGGGGCUUUUGUACCAUUAAUAUUGUUGGCACAAAUUCUUUUUCAGAUUCUCUUAAUAUUCAGUAGUUAUUGGAUGGUGUUGGCUACUCCCAUUUCAAAGGAUGUGAGACCUCUUGUUGGAGGAUCUACUCUCAUAUUUGUUUAUGUUGCUUUGACCCUUGGGAGCUCUUUUUGUGUACUUAUUAGGUCCAUGCUCAUUGUAACUAUUGGAUAUAAGACAUCCACUCUACUCUUCAACAAAAUGCAUUUGUGCAUUUUCCAUGCUCCCAUUUCAUUUUUUGAUUCUACUCCAAGUGGAAGGAUUUUAAAUCGGGCAUCCAUAGAUCAAAGUGCUAUUGAUACCUCUAUUCCACGUCAAAUUGAAGAACUUCUUAUCUCGACCAUAGGAUUCCUAGGAACUAUCAUUGUAAUGUCACAGGUUGCAUGGAAAAUGUUAAUAGCUUUUAUUCCGAUGAUUGUGAUAUGCAUCUGGUACCAGCAAUACUACAAAUCGACAGCACGAGAACUAUCAAGGUUGGCUGGAGUAUGUCAGGCUCCAAUUAUACAACAUUUUACUGAGUCUAGUUUAGGUUCGACUACAAUCAGGUGUUUCGAUCAAGAAGAAAGGUUUAUGGAGACAAACUUCAAGCUGAUAGAUGGGUUUUCCCGGCCCAAAUUUUAUUUUUCUGGUGCAAUGGAAUGGUUAUGCUUCCGUAUGGAUAUAUUGGCAUUUGUCGCAUAUGCCACCUCUUUGCUUUUUUUCAUCUCAAUGCCGAAAGGGGUACUCAAUCCUGGUGUUGUGGGUUUAGCAAUCACCUAUGGACUUGAAUUUAGCUUGCAUGGGGUUGUAUGGGAUCUUAAUAGACUUGAGAAUAGAAUCAUAUCCGUCGAAAGAAUACUACAAUAUACAUGCAUCCCUAGUGAACCCCUUCUAUUGCUACAAGAAAAUAAACCAGAUUUUGAAUGGCCAUCACAAGGGAAAAUUGAUAUUGUUGAUCUACAGGUUCAGUAUGGCCCACAUCUUCCAGUUGUCUUGCGAGGUAUCAAAUGCACUUUUUUUGGAGGGAUGAAUAUUGGAAUUGUUGGACGAACAGGAAGUGGUAAAUCAACUCUUGUACAGGCUCUCUUUCGUAUGCUUGAACCUACAGCUGGUCAAAUUUGGAUAGAUGAUAUCAACAUAUCCAAGGUAGGUCUUCAUGACUUGCGAUCAAGAUUGAGUAUCAUCCCACAAGACCCAACAAUGUUUGAGGGGACUCUAAGAAGCAAUCUUGAUCCACUUGAAGAGUACACUGAUGAACAAAUUUGGGAGGCUUUAGAGAGAUGCCAGCUUGGUGAUAAGGUUAGAAAGAAGGAAGGGAAGCUUGAUUUUGCAGUGACUGAGAAUGGAGAGAAUUGGAGCAUGGGUCAAAGGCAGCUAGUCUGUUUAGCACGGGUGUUACUUAAGAAGAGCAAAGUGUUAGUACUGGACGAAGCUACUGCAUCAGUGGAUACUGCUACCGACUAUCUAAUUCAACAAACGCUUAGGCAACAAUUCUCAGGGUCUACUGUCAUCACAAUAGCACAUAGGCUAACAUCAAUUCUUGAUAACGAUAUGGUCCUCCUUCUGGAUAAUGGCCUUAUACUAGAAUAUGAUUCUCCAUCCAAAUUGCUAGAGAACAAGUCAUCAUCAUUCGCAAAGCUUGUUACGGAGUAUACUCAAAGAUGUAGUUCCUAGUUUUUUGAGAGACUAAGUAGGUGAGAUUUGAAUGUUCAAAUAUAAGCAUGCUAUUGAGGUGCAUUGUUAUUUUAAGUAUGAUAAAAUUUUGUUGGGAAAAGGCGGUGGAAUAGAUAUCAAAGCUGCCAAUAAUCAUUUGACUGGUAUUGAUAUUUGGUUGAGUAUUGGGGAAAGAAAAGAUGUGAGAGAGGAAAAAUAAUUUUUUUUCAUGCAUGUCUAUUAA